CCGCGUGACUUUUACAGCUCUUUUAUUCAUCACAACACAACUAAACAAAAACCCGGCGUUACAGUUUUGCCGUCCAAGCGAGCGCUACUGAAACAGCAUUUCCGUUUUGACCCAUUUUUCCAUAUCCACCCCCAAGAUAGCCAGUACUUUUCCACGUUGCAUUUGGGAUUCAUCACAGUACAUGUUUGACUUCCUUUUACUUUCAAGUCUAGUGGGAUGAAGCAAAGAAGAAAACACUAUCCAGUUACUACUUACACCCACCACGGUAGAGAAAGGACUCCAGCAAUAAGCAAUGGCAGAAAAGGAUGACGAGAGAAGACAGGAGAUCUGUGCCGGUGCUGCUAUUUGUUCCGUAUUCACCAAGCUUAUUAAAGGUUUUCUCCAUCGCGACAACACCAUCAGCGAGGAAGACGACAUGCCCGCCGGGAAGGACGCACUGAAGGGCCGGUCAGAGUCACUCGAAGGACCCGACAACACCAUCGGGGAGGAGUCACGCAACAGCUUCGACUUCGAAACAGCAUAUGCUAGAGAUCUUCUACCCACCAGAAACGCCCCCGCCACCACCACACUGUUCCUGACCAAGGUAGUGGAGAUCCUGUGCGACUAUGUCCGGAAGACGUACGACCGGAGCGAGAAGGUGGUGGACUUCCACCAUCCUCAAGACCUGAAGAAGUUCCUGGACCUGGAGAUUCCCGACGAGCGGCCCGAAACACUGGAGAAGAUCCUGGAGUCCUGCCGGGAAACUCUCAAGUAUGGAGUCAAAACAGGACAUCCCCGCUUUUUCAACCAGCUAUCCAGCGGGAUGGACGUCAUCUCUCUGGCGGGGGAAUGGCUCACAGCGACCGCCAACACCAACAUGUUCACGUACGAGAUUGCGCCUGUCUUUAUCGUCAUGGAGGAGAUGAUCCUGAAGAAGAUGAGAGAAAUCAUCGGCUUUCCCGCCAAAAGUGGAGACGGUAUUUUCAGCCCAGGCGGUGCAAUCUCCAAUCUAUACGCAGUGAACUGUGCACGCUACAAGUUCGUACCAGACGUCAAAAAGAAGGGACUCAGGGAAGCACCAAAACUCGUCAUGUACAUUUCAGAACACAGCCACUAUUCUUUGAAACGCGCUGCUGCCAUAGUCGGAAUUGGAACAGACAAUGUCUACGCGGUGAAAUGCGAUGAUCGGGGAAAGAUGAUACCAUCGGACUUGGAACGAAAGAUUCAAAUUGCAAAAUCGAAGGGAGAAACGCCGUUCUUCGUCAGUGCCUCCGGCGGCUCGACCGUGUACGGCGCCUUCGACCCGCUGCACGACCUGGCUGACAUCUGCCAGAGACACAAGAUGUGGCUGCACGUUGACUGUGCCUGGGGAGGCGGAGUCCUGCUGUCCAAGAAAUACAGGAAACGACUGGACGGCAUUGAAAGAGCUGACUCAGUGACGUGGAAUCCACACAAGUUGAUGGGCGUUAUUCUUCAGUGUUCUUGUCUGCUACUCAAGGAAAGCAACCUGCUCCAGCGGUGUAACUCCAUGUGCGCGGACUACCUGUUCCAACAAGACAAGAACUACGACGUGAGCUACGACACCGGCGACAAGACCAUCCAGUGCGGCAGACAUGUGGACGUCUUCAAACUGUGGCUCAUGUGGAGAGCAAAGGCAACAGUUGGAUUUGAGGCGCAGAUCAACAAAUGCUUCGACUUGGCACACUACAUGACCGACAAGCUGAAGGCGAGAGAAGGUUUUGAGAUGGUGGUGGAUGAACCUGAGCUGACCAACAUCUGCUUCUGGUACCUGCCGCCGAGCAUACGGGACCUCCCCGACGGACCUGACAAGAGGGACCGGCUCGCGCAGGUGGCCCCGGUGGUGAAAGCCCGCAUGAUGGACCGAGGCAUGACGAUGAUCGGUUACCAGCCCCUCGGGGACAACGUCAACUUCUUCCGCAUGGUCAUCUCCAACCCCGCUGCUACCACUGCCGACAUAGACUACAUGAUCGAGGAGAUAGAACGGCUGGGACAAGACUUGUAACUUCAAGCUUUAAACAUCUCUGCCAAAACAUAAUUCAAAACAAAA